AUGGGGCUGCACGCGGUGCCUCCGCGGCUGUGGUGGGCGCUGCGGCUGCGGAGCGGGGUGGCGUCCCGCCUGCCCGAGCACUACCUGCGCGCCCUGCGCCGGGACCGCGACGCCCCGCCGCCCGCCGUCCACUGGCGGCCGCGCCCGCCCCCGCCGCGCCUGGACCCGGCCACCGGCCGCCGCCGCCGCGGGCAGGACGUCCCCGUGCCCGCCCACCUCCCGCCCCGCAGCCAGCAGGGCCUGUGGGGCGGCGAGGGCUGGGUGGUGGGCUUCCGCUACGCCCGGGGGGACAAGCUCUCGGCCCGCGUGAAGAAGAUCUGGAAGCCGCAGCUCUUCUCCCGGCAGCUGUACAGCGAGAUCCUGGACCGGCGGCUCACCGUCACCGUCACCAUGCGCACCCUGGACCUCAUCGACGCCGCCUUCGGCUUCGACCGCUACAUCCUGAAGACCCCCAAGGAAGAGCUCUGCUCCAAGCUGGGCAUGGACCUGAAGCGCACCAUGCUCCUCAGGCUCGUGCGCCGCGACCCGGCCCUCCACCCGGACGACCCUGCAAAGAGAGAGGCUGUCUAUGAGAAGUACAAGGAGUUUGUCAUCCCAGAGGAGGAGGCCGAAUGGGUUGGGCUGAGUUUGGAAGAAGCGAUAGAAAAGCAGCGGCUCCGAGAGAAGAAGGACCCGGUCCCCCUCUUCAAGGUCUACGUAGAAGAACUGGUGCAGCAGCUCCAGGAGCAGAAGCUAUCUGAUUCGGCCACGCGCCAAGCCAAUCAGGUGGAGGAGCCAAAGCUGCAGCACAAAGUAAAGAUUGCCACCUCCCCAUCGUCACGAGAGGGAAAGCCGUUCCCGGAGUCUGGGAAAGUGCUCUGGGCAGCGUCUGCCAUGGCGGACGGCGAGAACCCCGGCCAGAGGGCAGCGUGGCGCAGACGGCAGCGCAAGCCCAUGAAAGGCCCCUGGCUGGGCUCCCGCAGAGAGAGGCCUGGUGCCCUGUUUACGGCUGCCCGUAGGCCCCACCCCCUGCAGGGCCACGGUUUGCCGCAAAGUCACUUGAGCUUAGAAAAUGCAGUUGUCAGGGAAAUGCAGAGAGAACGCAGCAUUCAUGCCCCACACCGUUCCCCAAAGGCCUUUUGGAGCUCAAAGGCCCAGGUGCACACCUGCCACUGGUGGCCGGAGAGGAGGGAGGGCGAGGCAACUGGAGUGGCAGACCGCGCGCAGCCAGAGGGGGGCCCUCUCUUCCCCUGCUUGUCCGGCCCUCCGUGUCUGAGGGUGCCGUGGCACUAUCCGAUGACCCAGCUCUUCAGUGGCUUCCACAGGAAUGCCACCUAG